GGGUGCGCCGGCCGAGGGUCAGUGCGCCGCCCUACGCAGCGGGCGGCAGGCUGGGCGGCGGGCGGCUGACAGUCAUCCCGGGCUCCCGAGGCCAGCCGAGGAGCCGCCGCUCGGCCGCGUGGUCGCUGACGUGGCGCCAGCUCAUGGAGUCACGGCGGGCGGCAAGAGAGCGAGCGAGACGAGCGGGGGCCAUUGAGGGAGGGGAUAGCGGGGGGACGAGGGGGAGCGAGGAGGCGAGGGAGCGGGGAGCAGAGGGCGAGGAGAAGGGCGAGGAGGAGGAGGAGGAGGAGCAAUAUGAGGAGUGGGGGGAGGUGCGGGCGGGCAUGCUGAUUCUGGUGCAGGUGGUGCGAGGGCCCAUCGGCGCCAAGGACUCCGUGCUCCGGGCCUUCCCCGUGCUGGCAGGCCGCUGCUUUGUGAGUGUUGCUCGCACUCUGCCCUCUCGUCUUCACUCUUUUCAUUCUCCUCCAACCCCUCCUCUCUCUCGCCUCCCCCAGCCAUCUCUCGAACGGUCCGUGCCAUUGAAUGAGAAAAACGGUACAGCAGAGGUCGGUAUGAGAAGCCAAGGCAAUCAUCGGCUGGUGCUGCGGGGAACAGGGCUGGUGAUGCCGAGAGGGGUGGCAGCAGAGGAGGCAGCGCGCAUACAGGCCAUUGUCGCCCGUCUCGCACCCACCCGCUCCUUCUCCAUCCAGCAGGUGCGGCAGGCGGCGGUGGGGAAGGGGGAGGGCGAGCUGGGGGCGGAUCUAGCGGAGCUCGUGGCACGGUGGAGAGCAGUGCUGGCGCGCGCGAAUGUGGUGGCGGGGCAUGUGAGGAGCGUGGCGGACGUGCCUGCUGUGGGACCUACACUGCUGCUGCAGGGCACACCCAUGGCUCUGGACGUCAUUCACUCGCUGCUUGUUCAGCACCACCAGGUGGGGGGUGCAGACAUGGGGCUUCAUGUCAAGGCUGGGUGGGUGGGCGGCUUUACAAGGUGCAGCACCACCAGGUGGGUGAUUUAUGAGGCAGCAGCAUGUGUGGCCCACAUAGCACCCCAAGCCAAGCAGCAUGUCAAGGUGUCGCGCCUUGUGGUCGACUCGCCUGCCUUCCUGCAAGAGUUGGAGGCGUAUCUGCAGCGCAUGCAGCCGGCGCUGUGUGGGCGGGUGCAGCUGCACACGGGCCCAGCGCCCAUCUUUGACACCGCCCACAUCGAGCCCGCGCUGCUCUCCGCGCUGCACCGCAGUGUGCCACUGGCAGGGGGGGGCUCGCUGGUGAUAGAGGAGACAGAGGCGCUGGUGGCAAUAGACGUGAACAGCGGGUGGAGCGUGCUGCAGCCCACGGCACGGCAGGAGGACACCUUCCUCGCUGUCAACCUCGCUGCUGCCAGACAGAUAGCAGUGGAGCUGCGUCUGAGGGACCUGGGAGGACUCGUGGUCAUUGACUUUAUUGACAUGCAUAAAGCGGAGCACCGGAGGGCGGUGGAGGAGGAGGUGAGGAGGGCGAUGGGGGGGGACAGGCGCAAGGUGCGAGUGGGGGAGAUCUCGCAGUUCGGCCUGCUCGAACUCACCCGCCAGCGCGUGAGUGCUCUCUGGCCUGAUGCGUCCAAGCCUUGCCGCCUCGUUGACGGUGCCGUGCAGGUGCUGCUGGGCGGCGGGGCGGGUGGAGUCGCGUCUGGCCAUGCUGGCCCGCCUCGAGCGCGCGCUGCAGCGCUGCCUGGUAAGGCCAUGCCUUGUGCUGCUGGUUGGGGGGAGUUGGGGGGGCGGGGGUGGGGGGACUUAGGGGGGCGGGUGGAGUCACACCUGGCCAUGCUGGCUCGCUCGAGCGUGCCCUGCAGCGCUGCCUGCGAUGGCAGGGGGGUGGCCCACCCCCUUUCCUCCCCUCACCCAUGCACCACCAUGUGUGUCCCUUUCCUCCCCUCACCCAUGCACCACCAUGUGUGUCCCUUUCCUCCCCUCACCCAUGCACCACCAUGUGUGUCCCUUUCCUCCCCUCACCCAUGCACCACCAUGUGUGUCCCUUUCCUCCCCUCACCCAUGCACCACCAUGUGUGUCCCUUUCCUCCCCUCACCCAUGCACCACCAUGUGUGUCCCUUUCCUCCCCUCACCCAUGCACCACCAUGUGUGUCCCUUUCCUCCCCUCACCCAUGCACCACCAUGUGUGUCCCUUUCCUCCCCUCACCCAUGCACCACCAUGUGUGUCCCUUUCCUCCCCUCACCCAUGCACCACCAUGUGUGUCCCUUUCCUCCCCUCACCCAUGCACCACCAUGUGUGUCCCUUUCCUCCCCUCACCCAUGCACCACCAUGUGUGUCCCUUUCCUCCCCUCACCCAUGCACCACCAUGUGUGUCCCUUUCCUCCCCUCACCCAUGCACCACCAUGUGUGUCCCUUUCCUCCCCUCACCCAUGCACCACCAUGUGUGUCCCUUUCCUCCCCUCACCCAUGCACCACCAUGUGUGUCCCUUUCCUCCCCUCACCCAUGCACCACCAUGUGUGUCCCUUUCCUCCCCUCACCCAUGCACCACCAUGUGUGUCCCUUUCCUCCCCUCACCCAUGCACCACCAUGUGUGUCCCUUUCCUCCCCUCACCCAUGCACCACCAUGUGUGUCCCUUUCCUCCCCUCACCCAUGCACCACCAUGUGUGUCCCUUUCCUCCCCUCACCCAUGCACCACCAUGUGUGUCCCUUUCCUCCCCUCACCCAUGCACCACCAUGUGUGUCCCUUUCCUCCCCUCACCCAUGCACCACCAUGUGUGUCCCUUUCCUCCCCUCACCCAUGCACCACCAUGUGUGUCCCUUUCCUCCCCUCACCCAUGCACCACCAUGUGUGUCCCUUCCUCCCCACGCCCUUGCAUCUCACACACGCCCCUUUACCCUUUUCUCCCCUUGCAACGACAGGCUCAGUGGAUGCAGCACUGCCGUAUGGCUACUUCCUGCUCUCCCACAAUGGCCGCUCCACUGUCGACCCGCCUCUCACCCCACACGACCCUCCCCCGCACGUCGCUCCUGCCUUCAACAUCCCUGCGUAUCUCGCCUCCAUCCCGUCCGGCCCUCCUUCCCCUUCCCCUCCAUUGUACCCCUCGUCUCAUGCGGCCUACCCGUCACUGGCACCACCACAACUAGCAACAGCAGUGUAUAACACUAGCAGCAGUGCCAGCAGCAGCAGCAGCAGCAUGCGUGUGUUUGUGCAGUCUCUACCAGCCGGUGCCUCAGUGCGUGCCGACGCCCCAGUGCCGCCCAGAAUCACCAUCUCUCCUCACUUGACUGCUGCAGGCCAGGCCAGGGGGGCCCAAGGCAAGUCAGGGCUGCCUGCUUCCAGUGCACCUGCACUGCCCGGCUCUGCUGCUGCCUCUGCUGGUGGGAGAACAGGCUCAGCAGAAGCAGUGCAGCGUGGGAGUGAGCUGGCAGGGGGCAGUGGAAUGGUGAUGCGGAGGAAGGCGGUGGGGGAGGCAGGGUUGGCAAGAGGUGCGCGGAAGAGUUCCAGGAGUAAGACCAGUGGUGGUGUUUCUGGUGGUAAGGCUAGCAGCAGCAGCAGCAGCAGCAGCAGCAGCAGCAGCAGCAGCAGCAGCAGCAGCAGCAGCAGCAGCAGCACCAAGAGUACUGGUGGUGGCAGUGGUGGAGGCAGCAGCAAGGGUGGUCAAAUUGAGACUACUUCAAAGGUGGAAAAGGUGAAAAAAGAUGUGAAGAAAAAAAAGGAGGAUGGAGGAGUCGUUCUGGCCACUGGCAAAGCACGAGGACCGUGGUUUCCUGAAAUUAAGGAGCGUUUGAAGCUUGAAACUCCUGGAGUCUUUUUACAGGGCCUGAUGGUGUACAGUGCGGACGGAACUUUGUUGUACGAGCGAGCCAUGGCGGAGGAUGUGGCUCGGCAGGUUAUUCGGUUCGGCAAAGCCGAAGGCGUCACGCUCACGGCCUAUUGUGGCGAGAGAAUAUUGUGUGAAGAAAGGGACGAGCACACUGACCGUUUGAUUCCCUAUGGCGAGCCAAUCCCAGAAGCCGUUGGGCCCCUUGAGGACCUCAUUGGCAUCACAUCCAUUCACAAGCUCAUUCUCAUGGCUGACGAUGGCACCUUGGCAGCACUAAGGCCUCGUCUGGACGCGAACCUGGGUGGCAGAGGGUCGCUCAUCACAUCAGUGCCUGGCAUGCUGGAAGUGCUUCCAGUUGGUGCUUCCAAGGCCACGGGCCUUGCCACUGUGCUCGACAUUAUGGGUCUGCACCCGCAGCAGGUCAUGGCAGCAGGAGAUGGUGAGAAUGACAUUGAGAUGCUCCAGAUGGUUGGUUUGGGUGUGGCAAUGGCAAAUGCUGGCCCUUCGGUCAAGGCAGUGGCAGACCAUGUGUCGACCACAAACGACUAUGAUGGCUUGGCAGCUGCCGUGGAGAGAUUUGCCCUCACUGCUGGACUUUGGCGUGCGCAAGCCAGGGGGACGGCAGCAGGCGAUCAGCAGGCGAGGGGAGCACCAGGGCGGGCAGCAGGAGCGCGGGCAGCGGGGCAGCAGCGCCGGCCUCAUCAACGGUUGAGGCCUUCACAAGCCAGGGGGAGUGCAGCAGGCGAGCAGCAGGUGAGGGGAGCACCAGGGCGGGCAGCAGGAGCGCGGGCAGCGGGGCAGCAGCGCCGGCCUCAUCAACGGUUGAGGUUGCAGUAUCGCCCCUGCCACCACACUCCACUCGAGCCCACUCCCCCUCAGGUCCGUCCCUGCUCGCCCUGCCCGCUCUUCAUUGAAGCACCCCCUCCGCCUGCACCACACAAUCAGCUAAGUGCCCGGAUUAGGCACCUGGAGGAGGGCUGCUGCCGAGGGAGGCAGCUGGUGGUGCUGCAGCUGCCUUGA